GAAGAGGCCCGGAUCAUGGAGGAUCUGGAUGUGACGCCUCAAGAGUGUCUGAAGGACGCUUCUUUGCUUCCGGAGAUUGUCUUCGACGAGCCGGAAGUUCUGGAAACUGUGCCGGGCCCACCCGGGUCGCUUACGCAGGGCCAGAACACGCCCAUGGUGGCCGAUGCCGAGACGCUGACCUCGGAUAUC